CGAGCAGCUCCGAGGUUAGCCGAGUGUGAGCCGAGUGUGAGCGAUGCUACGUCCGCGUAAACCUUAAACGAUCGCUAGCUACCGAGCUAAUAGGUUUGCUGUGUCGGUGUUGUAUUUGUCGCCCUCGCAUUAUAUUUGCGGCACGAGCAACGAGUUAACGUUCAAGAUCUCACACUAUGGACAGCGAAUUGUCUGACUUUGACCAUGCACCAGGGCCUGAGACCAGCAGUAUGGAGGGGGAGAACGCACCCCUGUACUGCAUCUGCCGGAAACCAGACAUCAACUGUUUCAUGAUUGGCUGUGAUAACUGUAAUGAGUGGUUCCAUGGCCACUGCAUUAAUAUCACUGAAAAAAAAGCGAAGGCAAUCCGGGAAUGGUAUUGCACGAGAUGCAAAGAUAAAAACUCUUCACUGGAAAUAAAGUAUAGAACAAAGAAAAACCGAGAGAAGGAGCCUGAGUAUGACAGAGGUUCUGACAGACAGUACAGCACCCCGAGCACUCCUGACUAUAAGAGUGAAAGGCGGCGUGGAUCUAAAGUGAAGCGUUCAGUCCGAAUGUGUGGAGAAUGUGAGCCCUGCAGAAGGACUGAGGACUGUGCCCAGUGUGACUUCUGCAAGGACAUGAAAAAGUUUGGAGGCCCCAACAAAAUCAGACAGAAGUGCAGGUUCAGGCAGUGUGAGGUUCGAGCCAGGAAAAUGCUGCGUGUGAAGGAUGAGGAAUUGUCUUUGCAAGAAAGGAGGGAAAAUGCCUACCACAGACGGAGACGAUACUCAGAGGACUACGACAGUGAGGCGGAUCUCUACCAGCAGUACAAGACCGCAGGGCUUAACAACAACAUGGCAUGGAAUAGUGAUGAAGACGAUGAGCAGCCUUUCAGUCCCGUCGUGCGUAAAAAAGCUGUGAAGGUGAAGCACGUCAAAAGAAGAGAAAAGAAGUUUGACAAGAAAAAGGAGUCACGACGCCACAAACAGAAGCAGAAGCACAAAGACAGAACCAGAUACAGCGAGAAGGGCGACCUCCGGGACAACACCGGACAGCGUCAGUGUCUGGGACCAAGCUGUAUUGAGGUGGCAAGACUCAACUCCAAAUACUGCUCUGAGGACUGUGGCAUGAAGUUAGCUGCCAAUCGGAUCUAUGAGAUCCUCCCUCAGCGUAUCCAGCAGUGGCAGCAGAGUCCCUGCAUCGCCGAGGAGCACGGUAAGAAGCAGCUGGAGCGCAUCCGUCGGGAACAGCAGAACGCCCGGCUGCGCCUCACAGAGAUGGAGCGACGCUUCCACGAACUGGAAGGCAUCAUCGCCAAGGCCAAGCAGCAGGCGGUUCAGCAGGACGAGGAGGUGAAUGAAGGUGACAGCGAGGACACAGACCUGCAGAUUUUCUGUGUGUCUUGUAGUCAUCCCAUCAAUCCAAAAGUGGCGCUGAGACAUAUGGAGAGAUGUUACGCAAAGUAUGAGAGUCAGACUUCCUUUGGUUCCAUGUUUCCUACAAGGAUAGAAGGAGCAACCAGACUGUUCUGUGAUGUGUACAAUCCCCAAAGCAAAACCUAUUGUAAGAGGCUGCAGGUUUUGUGUCCAGAACAUUCCAGAGAUCCUAAGAUCCCAGUGGAUGAAGUGUGUGGAUGUCCUCUGGUGAAGAAUGUGUUUGAGCUGACUGGAGACUACUGCAGGGUCUCCAAAAGGAAAUGCAACAAGCAUUACAACUGGGAAAAGCUGAGGAGAGCAGAGGUGGACUUGGAGCGAGUCAGGGUGUGGUACAAGUUGGAUGAGCUCUUCGAACAGGAGCGGAAUGUCAGGACUGCUAUGACCAACAGAGCUGGUCUGCUCGCUCUGAUGUUGCACCAAACUAUUCAGCACGACCCUGUGACGACCGAUCUCCGUAGCAACAAGGAUAGAUAGUCAACAUUGUCUGCACCUGUUCUCUGAUCUGUGGAUCACCGUGGAGAUUUGAGUGUUAAGGAUUUAAACGAUUACAACCAUUUCGAUGAAUUCUGAUUUUCUAACUAGAUAAUUAUUUUAAAAACUUUGUAUUAUAAUUAACUGUAAGAGGUAAAUGUAUAUAUAUUUUUCCUGACUGUGGCAGAUAAACUACUGCUGAUUGAAAACAGCUGUUUUUGGUAUGAUUGACAUGAAUAAACACCUUA